AUGUAGAAUUCGGCUUCCAAAGAUCACUCAAGGAGAGUACCACCAUAGAUUAGAACUCAAGGUGACGACUUUAGUGAACAUUCUAGCUUAGUGAAUAACAAAGUCUUCCUCAAGGACUAUGAUAUCGAAUAGAAUGAACACUUUGUGAAAUAUGUGUUUAUUCCCUACUUUAAAGAUAUAUUCAAAGAUUUAGCAGAGAGAUCGGAUAAAAAAGCUAAAGGAAUAAACCAUAUUGCUUUUAUAGAGUAUGUGAAUUUGCCCGGAAUUUUGAGUGAGAGGUUCUUUAAGAUUAUGGAUGAAAAUAAUGACGAGUAUAUUGACUAGAAGGAGUUUAUGAAAGCCAUGUUCAAGGUUUACUAUUCUCAACUUGAAACGAAGUUUAAGCUUGUGUUUGAUAUGUACGACUUUGAUCAAGAUGGUGAGAUAUCUAAAGAAGACAUACAUUUACAUAAUAACUAAAGCAGCACCUAGGAGGAAGGCUCAUUUACUAAAGAUGGAGGUGGGCUAGAUUAGUUUUAACAUCGUGUUGAAAGUCAAAAGCAAAUCAGGCUGUUCUUAGAAGACAUUUUUAAAGCUGCUGGUAAAGAUAAAAUCAACAUCGAUGACUUCAUAAAAUUAAAUCAAAGCAUUUCUUCAGAGAUGUUCUUAUCUAUCAUGAUUUUGUUCCAUGAAAAACUUCCUUGCUCCGAGAAUUUCUUUAGAUAUUUCAAAAACUACGACAAAUACAUGGAAGAUAAGGUCAAGGCAGGCACAGCCGGUGAGGAAUAAAUGCAAGAUGUGGGCGACCAACCAAAUAUGAUAUCUCAGCUUGCAAAGUCUCCAGUUAGGCAGAUUGAAUCUCCCAAAUAUGGACUUGGCCUAUCUGUUAUUGAUAAAUUUAUGACCUAGCAUUCACCUCUUGGCAGUCCCUAAGCUUUAUCACCAACAGGAUAGAAAAUGGUAUUUAAUAUCGAUACCAAGAGCUAAUAAUUGAUGCUCUAAAAUGCAGCAACCAACCUAAAGGAGAAUUUACAAAUGCAAGUAGAUGAGUAGUAAGAAGGGUAUGAUUAGUUCCUUGAUCACUCAUCUCCCAAAACAAUAAUCCAGAACAUACCUAUUUAAUAGUUCAAGUAAAAUCACAUUCAAAUGAUCGAUGGCAAGCUAUCAAAGCAAGAAGAAGAAAAAAAGGCAGCCAGUAGGGAACCCACUUCACCUCUGCUGUUUUCAGAUGCAUUGAGACUUCCCAAUGUAUCUCUAUAGAAAUCAAUUAACAGACAUAAUCCAUUGGAUGACGGCUAUGCUUCCCCAACCAAUAUUUUGAAUAGUAAUUCCCAAGUCUAUGAUAACCUAAAGCUGACAUCAAACGACGAGUAGUUUAUAUAAUACGAAGGUGAAUUAUUUAGAAAAGCUGCUGAGGGCAAACUUAAAAGAUACUGGUAUUGUCUACUUGGAAAAGAGUUCUACUGCUACAAGAAAAAAGAUGAUGAAAGGCAUAAGGAUAUGCACAGUUUGGUUGGAGUUUUUAUUAAGAGCGACAAAGAAGAAUAACUAGAUAACUCUACUGCGCUAAUAUAUCCCUUUAAGAUCAUAUUCCCAAUGAAUAAGGUUAGAGUUUACUACUGUAGAAACAGAGACGAGAGAAGUAAGUGGCUUCAUCACUUGAAAUAGGCCAUGGGAUACUCGUAAAUCGAAGACUUUUAUGAAAUUCAAGAGGAUUUGGGUAAAGGUAAGUUUGGUUAAGUCAAACUCGCUAAACAUAUCAAAACUGGCAACAAAGUUGCUAUCAAAGUCAUAAAGAAAAAACACAUGAGUCUCAAGGAGUUGGAAUUGUAAAAGAGAGAGAUAGAAGUCUUGAAGAUCUGCUAGCACCCUAACAUCAUCAGACUAAUUGACGUGUUUGAGAAUCCAGAUUAUAUUUAUAUAGUCUUGGAACAUUGCUCGGGUGGUGAUUUAUUCUAGUACUUGGACAAAAGGGACUUUAAAAUCACUGAGGACAGAGCCAGACAGAUAGUCCAUUAACUUGCAGCUUCACUUUACUACUUGCAUAGUUACGGUAUUGCUCAUAGAGAUCUCAAACUUGAAAAUAUUCUAAUGGUCAAUUAGUCUGAUGACUCUCCUUUGAAACUUGUUGACUUUGGUCUAUCAAAGAUGAUUGGACCAAGUGAGACUUCCACGGACCCAUUCGGUACUUUGUCUUAUGUUGCGCCAGAAGUUCUUAUUUAAAGACCAUAUGGAAAAAAUGUUGAUCUUUGGUCACUUGGAGUAAUCUAGUAUGUUCUCCUCAGUGGAAUGCUACCCUUCGACUCUGAAGACAACAAAGAGACAGCCAGACAAACAAUCUACGACCCAGUGCCUUUCGAUCAUCAAGUGUGGAAGUACGUCUCAGACGAGUCCAAAGACCUCAUUCUAAGACUACUAGAAAAAGAUAGGUUUAAGCGUAUUUCACUCGAAGAGGUGUUGGCACACCCUUGGAUCUGCAAAAGAAGCAAAGAUAUUUAGGAGAUUAGGAUGAACGUUGACUUGAUUGAGUAGUUCGAGGCUUUUUCAACCACUGACUACAAGAGUCCAAAAAAUAAACCUUGA